AUUCCAGUCCGGAACAUUUAAGAAGGAAGCAGGCGCGUUUGGACCGGGUCACACCUCUGUGAAGGGAUCAGUGGAGUCUUCCAGGAACAGUCGGAGAAACUGCACUACCGCUCCAGACGUCAGCUCCUGGAUCAAAAAGCUCCGAACCAGAACCGGUUCAGAGGCCGGAAACAUGGCAUCGAGUCCGGGGCCGGAAAGAAAGGAACUUUUGGAAGUUACCAUAUGUGACCGUGGAGUGGGCGGCGUGGACUUUCACUCCACGGACGAUUCCUACGGGUUCGAGCAGUGGACGAACAAAGACACAUCAUCGCCAUCAGAGCAGGGGGUCUGCGGGGACACCGCCCCCCGCAGCAGGACCUCCAUCGUGGACUGCCUGCUGGUGGAGCUCUACGACACGAGGACCGCGGACAGCUGGGACAGCUCCACGGAGGCGUCCGGUUCCGAUGCCUUCCUGGGCCGGAGUAACUCCGGAUCCGGCUUCCUGCAGGAGCUGCAGGAGAGACACACCAGGAGGCUCCAGAUGAAGUACCUGGCCCAGAAAGACCUGCAGGAGCUGCGCUCCAUCAUCCAGGAGGUGAAGUACCGCUCUGGGCUGCAGUCCACCAAGCUCAUCCGGCAGCUGAAGAGGCGCGACCGACUUUACAACAAACGGCAGAAGAACUAUGACAUCAUCACGGCCUGCCUUCAGGCUGUCUCUCAGAAGCGACGUAAGACUCCAAAAGAUUUAUUAACAUUUACAUUAAAUCAACCACUAGGUCGGGCGGGGUUUGAGGGCUGGUAUGACGCUCUGAAAUCUGUGGCCCGGCUUCCCACUGGGAUACCUAAAGAAUGGAGGAAGAAGGUUUGGCUAACGCUAGCAGACCACUACCUCCACAGCAUCUCCAUCGACUGGGAGAAAACUCUUCGUUUCGCCUUCAAUGAGCGCAGCAACCCGGACGACGAUUCCCUGGGCAUCCAGAUCGUCAAGGACCUGCACAGGACAGGCUGCAGUUCUUACUGUGGCCAGGAGGGGGAGCAGGACCGGGUGGUGCUGAAGCGGGUUCUGCUGGCCUACGCCCGCUGGAACAAGAGUGUUGGUUACUGUCAAGGGUUCAAUGUUCUGGCUGCUCUGAUCCUGGAGGUGACAGAAGGUGAUGAGAGUGAUGCGCUGAAGGUGAUGAUUUACCUCAUCGACAAGGUUCUGCCUGAAAGCUACUUUGCCAACAACCUGCGGGCUCUAUCAGUGGACAUGGCGGUGUUCAGGGAUCUGCUGCGGGUCAAGCUGCCCAUGCUGUCUCAGCACCUUCAGCACCUGCAGAGAGCUGCUAACAGGGAGGCUGGAGGAAGCUACGAGCCUCCGCUCACCAACGUCUUCACCAUGCAGUGGUUUCUCACCAUGUUCGCCACCUGCCUUCCGGCGCCAACCGUCCUCAAGAUCUGGGACUCGGUUUUCUUUGAGGGAUCGGAGGUUCUGUUCCGAGUGGCCCUGGCUAUCUGGGACCGACUGGGAGAGAGAAUUGAGGAGUGCCAGUCAGCAGAUGAGUUCUACAGCACCAUGGGCUGCUUGACGCAGGAGAUGCUGGAGGAGAACCUCAUCGACCCAACUGAGCUCAUGCAGGAGGUUUACUCCAUGGCCGUGUUCCCGUUCCCCCAGCUGGCCGAGCUCAGGGAGAAGUACACCUACAACAUCACUCCUUUCCCGACCUCGGUGAAGUCCAACGGGAGCGGUCCUGGCGGCUGGGACAGCGAGGACGAUGUUGACGUCGAUGACGAAGACUCUGUGACAGCGGCGCUCGGCUGUCUGGGGCCACUGGGCGGACUUUUGGCCCCUGAGCUGCAGAGAUACCAGAAACAUCUCAGAGACCAGCGAGUCGAACAGGAGAGCUUUGCUGAGGUGAGCCCAGGAGCAGUGGGAGGAAGUGCUAAAGCGGAGCAUCAAGCGGCCAUCAACAGCAUGAUGAUGGAGAGGAUGAGCACGGACAUCACUGCACUGAAGAAGCAGUACACUCGGAUUAAGAGGCGGCAGCAGCAACAGGCUAUGCAAUUCUACAUCCGCACAGGACCUGGACCUGAGGUGGCCACAGACCCAGAGGUUCUUCAGGACGGUUCCCUCAAACGCAUCGGCAGUGCUGAGCCCAACAGUGAUGGCAAGUGUCCCGCCACACGUGUUCUGGCCUCCCAGCUCAACCAGUCCAGCUCCGUCAUCAACCAUCUGCUGCUGGACCGGAAACAGGCCGGUCCUUCCAGAACUUGCAGGCCCGUCUCUGCCGGUACUCCGCCCCUAACGGGCUCUCCGUCCAGGCGCUGCUGUUCGUCGCUGCUCUCCCGCAGCAGCAGAUCUCCAGGGAGCUCCAGAGGUUCUCCUUGGCGGGCCCACGUCCGGCAGCAUCGGAAAAACAUGGUCCGGGCCCGGGCUCAGCUCGGGUUUGGAGAUUCUGAGGAAAGGGAGGAUGAAGAGGGAGGGGGUUUGGUCCGGAGCAGGGAGGAUGAGGAGGAGGCUCCACCUCCUGCUGGAUGUGAAGCGGCUCCUCAGCCUGCAGAGGAGACAGAGGAGGUAAAGGUGGAGGAGGUGGUGGUGCAGCUGGAUUCCCUGGACCUGGAAAUGGGUACCGGGACCGACCCAGAACAGGAACCAGAAAGUAACGAGAGUAAACCUGCAGCCCUGACCCCUCCUUCUCCUCCUCCCUCCUCAAACGGACAUUUGGACUCUGGUUCUGAAGCCCACUGUGCUCCAGCUUCACCUCCUCGUCCUCCAAGCUCCCCCCACAGCCUUCCUCCUGCACAACCUUCAUCCUCCUCAUCCUCUUCUCCACCUGCUCCGACCGCUCAUGGUCCACCUUCCCCUCCUUCCUCGUUGACCUUCAUUCCUGCACCAGGCUCUGCAUCCCGCCUCCCAUCAUCUUCAUCACCCCCUCCUCCCGUUUCUUCGCAGCACAUCUUCUCCCCCUUUCCUUCAAUAAAGCAGCCUAGGAAGUCUGUGGCAGCCAGGAACCUGGGCCUUUAUGGACCCACAUCCAGAACUCCCACGGUCCAUUUCCCUCAACUGAGCCGCAACAUGAACCGGAGCAGCGCCGUGGGUGCGGCAGGCAGGCGGUGAGGAGCGGCGCCUCAGAGAGGAGACAGGACCUCGGCGGGUCAGAAGCCCUUUAGCUGCUAAUCUGAACUCCACAGCCGUUUCUGUGCUUUAGCUGAGCAGGAUGGAUGAAGAUCCUCCUGAUACGAUGUCCUCCAGAACUUUGUAACCCAGUGAAAUGAUUCUGUCCUCUGGUUCUGAUCCAGUAACCCAGAAUGUACCGUCUGGAUCAAUAAUGAAAGUAUGAUUGGGAACACUGACCUGCUGUCGACUGUUUUUU